AAAAUUUAUUUCAAGAACGCUCCGUCUGAGUACUGGUUCAAAAAAGUUCUCACUACAUAGAUUAUAUGACGUUCUUCAAACAAAUUGUCAGAUACUUCGCUCAUCCACUCAACCGACCAAAUAUGUUUAAAAGACCUGAGUGCCUAACCUCCCCUUUGUCAAAAGCUAUUUGAUUUGCUGAAAAAUUGAGCCUGAGUGCUCCAUAGACACAAGAAGCCACAGUACUAAACAUUAUUGUAAGGUUAUGUAAAGGUUAAAAAAUAUUAUUAUUUGUUGUCAAGGAAACGUGAACUCACUCGUAUUGAUUUAUUUGAAACUAAAACUUGUUUAUGCAACAAUCAUUUUAUCAAAACCUGUGUAAAGUCAUUAAGUUUUCGAAACAAUGGUAAAGAUCACAGAAGAAUUGGUGCGCAAGAAAUCCGAACAUAAUGAAUGCCUCAUCAGCACACUGGAAGAGCUCUCGCUGCACCAAGAAGACAUUGAGCGCAUUGAGCACUUGCAGAAUUGGUGUCGCGAUCUGAAGAUUUUGCUGCUGCAAUCGAAUCUGAUUGCCAAAAUAGAGAAUCUGUACAAAUUGAAGAACCUAGAAUACUUAAACUUGGCCAUAAAUAAUAUAGAACGUGUCGAAAAUCUCGAGGCACUCGAGGCGCUCAACAAAUUAGACUUAACUUUGAAUUUCAUUGGCGAACUCACAUCGAUUGAGUGCCUGAAGGGCAACUAUAAUCUACGCGAGCUCAUACUCACUGGCAAUCCGUGCUGUGACUACCCACAUUAUCAAGAUUACGUGAUGGCCACGUUGCCGCAACUGAAUCGGUUGGAUUGUGAAGAGAUCAAAAUCUCAGAAAAGUUGCAGGCACAAAAGUUCCUCUCCACCUAUCGCGCUGUUAUUGUACAAAAACAAGCCAAUUACUGCAUGGAACGGGAUGAGCAAAAAUUGCGUGUGGCCGAGAAGAAGGCGCAAUUGGAAAGCGAAAUGGCGCAAAUCGACGAUGAAGACAGUCGUUUGAAAAAGUUUUGGGACACCAAAAGCGAGCAUUGCCCCGAAACACGCAUGGAUAUUGCCAAAUAUCAUAAAUUGGGGCGUGAGAAGAAAAACGCAGCGGAGCAAGAAAAGCCAGUUCGUCGAACAUUAACACUCUUUGCACCCUGCGGUCGGCCCUACAAUCUUAAUCAACCGAAAUUGGCAUUCAAUUUGAAGGACGAAUACAAUGAGUAUAUACUGGAGCUCGGGGUUUAUAAAUACUUGGAUACAUCACAGAUACAGGUGGAUGUCGAGUCAAAUUAUGUGCGCGUCUCAGUGAAAGGGAAAAUUUUUCAAAUGGCUUUUUCGGAAGAGAUCAACAUAACCGAGGCAAAAGUCAAGCGUUCGCAGAUAACGGGUUAUUUACUUGUAACUAUGCCAAAGUUACACGUCAAAGAGAUGCUCACAUUGCGAUCGAAAAAAUCAGAUAAUGCGGACAUGAAUGAUAAGCCUCAAGAAAAUAAUGGCAAAAUGGAAUUAAAGGGGUCUGUGGAUAUAAAAAAUAUUUAUAGCAACGAACAUGCGGAUCUUCCCGAGCUAAUCGAUUAAAUUAUUUAUAACCAUCACUCAUACUGAAUAAAAAAAUGUUUACUUUAUAUAUAUUUUUUAAAUAAAAA